CAAGCAAACAGCGCAGAAAUUGUUUAAAUACGCCAUAAAAUCAUUGCAAUUCAAUGUUUAAAGUCGCCAUUGCAGCGCAGCUACAACUGUAAAGCAGUUACAGUUUGGGUACCACUGAAAUAAUGCACAAUUUGUAAAGCGCAGCAAGAAAACAAAAGGAAACUCGAAUCAAACAAAUCAGAGACGCACUUCCAGUUGCAACUCCAGCCAUGGCAAAACCGCCAAGCGACACCUCGGGGCUGGGCUAUGCCUAUCAUCUGCCCUCGGGUGGAUUAUUGUUGCGCCUAAAGAAUUCGUUGUCGCAAUUUAGUGAUUUGUUCAGCGAAUUCAACAAAUACAUUUCACCCGCCUUCUUUCACGAUCGCUGCGAGAGAUCCGUUCACAUGCGCAUGUAUUCCAUGCACAAGCGUGAGUUUGUCAUGGUCUUUCUCGGCUUCUUCACCUGCUUCGGCCUGGGCAUCAUCAUCGGACUCACGGGUCCGCCCAUCACAACCACAGACGCAUUGACGGCCAAGCAGAUAUUGGCCAACACAACGUUGGCGCACAGCAAGACGGUGCUGGCCACCGGACCGUUUGCCAUGAAGUCCCCAUUGAUGACCACUUACUCCCAACAACUGUGGCUGAUUGCCAAGUUGGUAACGGAUAACAAUGAUGAUGAACGAUAUGACAAGAGUUUCCAGAUCAGCGUCUCCAUCGAUGGUAUCAGCGAGCAGCACAAGCCACUGAGUGUCCUUGGAGCCAGCAUGGCGCACAACAGGACGAGGCAUUUGAUCUGUGUGCGUAAUGAUUGUGAGGAAUUUACGGUGAUGCACUUGGGUUUCCUGGACUAUGCCCACUACAUCAUCACGGUGCGUUUCCUAGGCUUGGAAUCGUUCCAUCAGAAAUACAACAUCAGAUCCAUUACGUUCUAUUUCAAGACGUACAGUCCCGAGUUUACACAGAUCGAGAUCUGGUUUAGGUUCAUCUUUCUGCUGUUCACCUUUAUAGUGAUUUGCUGGUAUGCUCACACUCUACGCAAAUAUCCCGUUUACGAUUGGUCCAUUGAGCAAAAGUGGAUCUCUGUGCUGUUGCCUUUGCUGCUGCUCUACGAUAAUCCUUUCUUUCCCUUGAUCUUUCUAAUGAACUCCUGGCUGCCCGGCAUGCUUGAUGCAGUGCUUCAAGCGACUUUCCUUUGCGCCCUGCUCAUGUUCUGGCUGUGCAUCUAUCACGGUCUGCGACAGAAUGAGCGGCGCUUCGUUAGCUUCUAUUUGGUUAAGAUCAUUGUCGUGCUGCCCAUUUGGCUGUGCGCCAUUGUCCUGGCCACCUGGGAGAAGUGCAACGAGCUAAGAGAUCCCACAUACAGUCAUUUUGUGGACACCAAGAACUACAAUGGCCUCAAGAUGUUCUUCUACAUUGCCUGCUGCAUGUAUGUGCUCUAUCUGGGUUUGUUGCUUCUGCGCGCCUACACGGAACUGCGUUCCAUGCCUUACUUUGACGUCCGCUUAAAGUUUCUAACGCUGCUGAUGCUCUUCGUGCUGUCCAUUUCCAUCACGGUGACCACUUGCCGCUUUGGCUUUGGCAUUCUGGAGGACAACUUUGUGGCCACCUUGAAUACCACCUAUCGCAGUUCGGCGCAGUUCAUGUGUUUCUAUGGCCUAUUGAAUUUCUAUCUGUACACCAUGGCGUAUGUGUAUUCGCCCGAUGGUCGCUUUGCCCAGGCCGAACUGGCGGUCACCAAGGAUAAUCCGGCCAUUUCAAUGAUUGACGAUUCCGACGAGGAUGUUGUCUACGGCUCCGAUGAGGAGUCACGCCGUCCACUCACCUCCGUUGGCGGUGGAGCUGGUAAAAACGAUUACGACAGCGAUUAACAACGAUCCGUUGAAGCAGGAGCAGGAACUGGAGCCUAUCAUAUUUUAAACUUUAAUGUUCCAUAGAGCGUCUGGCCUAAACAAGGCGCCA